UCCUCAGGCAACCUCAGCUAAAUAGAUUUUCUGUUUAUUUUAAACAAAAUAAAGGACAUCUCUCCAGGUUGAGGUGGAAAGAAGAUAAGAAAACUAGUGAAAACAUCACUAGGUUUCCCAGGCCCAGGUCCUGGUCCAGGAUGAAGAACUCGGAAGGUCACCAUGAAGCUUUGGCAGCCCCACCUGUCACUCUUGCCACCCCAGCUCCAGCGGGUAAUGCCACAGAACCCAUCGCUAGCCAGGCUGGGGGAAAGGAAGACGGUUUCUCAAAGGUGAAGGAGAAGUUCAUGAAUGAGCUGAACAAGAUUCCACUGCCACCCUGGGCGUUGAUAGCAAUUGCAAUUGUCGCUGUGGUUCUGAUUCUGACCUGCUGCUUCUGCGUCUGCAAGAAAUGUCUGCUGAAGAAGAAGAACAAGAAGAAGAAGGAAAAGGGGGGAAAGAACGCGAUGAACAUGAAAGAUGUGAAGGAGCUGGGAAAGUCAGUGAAGGAGCAGGCUCUGAAGGAUGAUGAUGAAGAUGUUGAGACCGGCCUCACUGCAGAAGGGAAGGAAGAAGAGAAGGAAGAGGAGAAACUUGGGAAGCUACAGUUUUCUUUGGAUUAUGACUUCCAGAACAAUCAGCUCAUUGUGGGCAUUAUUCAAGCUGCUGAGCUACCAGCACUCGAUAUGGGAGGGACGUCUGACCCAUACGUGAAGGUAUUCCUACUGCCCGACAAGAAGAAAAAGUAUGAAACCAAAGUUCACCGAAAGACCCUGAACCCUGUUUUCAAUGAGUCCUUUAUCUUCAAGAUUCCCUACUCAGAGCUGGGAGGGAAAACUCUGGUAAUGGCUGUAUAUGACUUUGAUCGAUUCUCUAAACACGAUGUUAUCGGGGAGGUGAAAGUGCCGAUGAACACCGUAGACUUUGGCCACGUAACGGAGGAGUGGAGGGAUCUGCAAGGAGCUGAGAAAGAGGAGCAAGAGAAGUUGGGUGACAUUUGCUUCUCUCUUCGCUAUGUCCCAACGGCUGGAAAGUUAACAGUUGUCAUCCUGGAGGCAAAGAACCUGAAGAAAAUGGAUGUGGGAGGUUUAUCAGAUCCCUACGUGAAGAUCCAUCUGAUGCAGAAUGGUAAAAGGCUGAAGAAAAAGAAGACAACAAUUAAGAAAAAUACCCUUAACCCCUACUACAACGAGUCCUUCAGCUUUGAAGUACCAUUUGAGCAAAUCCAGAAGGUGCAGGUUGUUGUCACUGUCCUGGACUAUGACAAGAUCGGCAAAAAUGAUGCUAUCGGGAAGGUCUUUGUUGGCUACAACAGCACAGCUGCAGAGCUUCGCCAUUGGUCAGACAUGCUAGCCAAUCCAAGGCGUCCCAUCGCACAAUGGCACACCCUGCAGUCUGAGGAAGAAGUGGAUGUCGCCCUUGGCCUGAAGAAAUGAAAAGCCUUUCAGUGUUUCUCCAUUUAAUACUCAUCAUCAAGUGUGUGUAAAUAUUGUACCUCAGCCUCCAACCCCAGAGGGAAAAAAACCUGGAAACAAAAACAGUAAUACUAGGAAGUGGGCAACAUACUGGUCAUACUGGUCCUCCAUUGUAAAGUACACAAGGUGAGGCAGACCAGUAUGUUCUCAUUGACUAGUUUUACUGGUUUUCCCUUCCCAGCCACUUCCAGUGGUUACUCUCCCCCUAUUCAGUCCCUUUCCCUCUGCACUGCACCAUUAUUUAAACGUAGAUCUGGUUAAGAACAAAUAUUCCUUCAUGUCAACACUCCUUUCCAAAACUAUCAUCCUUUUAAGCAAUAUGAUCUGUGUAGA